AUGAAUUCGACGGUUCAGCACGGUGGAAACAAGAGUGGGAAGUCCAGUGUAUGUGCUACCAACACUAAUCUGGCGAAGACAGCGGCAGCUUUAGAUGAGUUCAAAUCUGGAUUCCCGUCAAACGGUUUAGCAACUGUGUCAAACAAAUGGUGGGGAAGGCCUGGUAAAGGCGGACGCCAAGAUGCAGGAGCAGAGAAUACGGAAGAUGGAGAUGCCAAGGACGAUGCACCUUCUGAUGACAAGCAUAAUUCUUUGCUAGCUGUUAGGAAAAAGAUAGCGAAGGAAGGAAGAGAAGCUGUCCAGCUUGGCCUGCGUCAAGGAUUUGGUUCAAAAAGACUAGAUAAGAGAGAUCAACAUCUUCUGUCUCAGAUCUUCAUGUCUUCACUGCCAAAGGAUUGGGUUACUGAUUCUUCCUGA